CCGAAUCAUAGAAUCCACGUGUCAGGUAUCGUAUUGGCUCUUCUGCUUCCGUCUGCGCAGCCGGAGAACGCUUUUUGAUAGCUGAAAAACAGCGAAUGGAGCCGCCGAUCAAUCGGAGCAACCUCGGUUCGAGAGCUGCAACUCGCCGGAAGCCAUGGAUUCGCGCCCCACGAAGCUCGAUUACUACGCCGACAUGCGGAGCCUCGUCUCCGAGUCCACGGUCGUCUCCUUCCUCAAGGGUGGUGAUGAUGGUAGGAGUGCUUUGAUACUGGAGUCUACGAUUUUCCAUCCCCAAGGCGGCGGGCAGCCGGCCGAUACCGGGUUUAUCACGGUCGGGGACGGGGAGGCGAAGUUUGCUGUGGAAGAUGUCCGGUCGAGAGAUGGAAUUGUUUAUCAUUAUGGUCACGUUGAGAAUUUGGUUGGGGAUGGCGUGGUGGAAUUUGAGACAGGAAAGGCAGUUCACUUGCACGUGGAUGAAUCUAGGCGCAAGCUCAACUCCCGGUUGCAUUCAGCUGGGCAUUUACUGGACAUGUGUAUGAAGAAUGUGGGACUUGGUUUGGAGCCAGGCAAGGGUUACCAUUUCCCAGAUGGACCAUUCGUGGAAUAUAAAGGUGUUAUUCCGCCAAGUGAAAUAUCUAACAAGCAGAAGGAAUUGGAGACGGAAGCUAAUGCAUUGAUAUCUAAAGGAGGGAAAGUUUCUAUUGUGGUAUUACCUUAUGAUGAAGCUUUAGAGCAAUGUGGUGGUUUCCUUCCUGAUUAUAUUCCCAAGGAAAGCACUCCUCGCAUUGUGAAAUUGGGAAGUAAUCCAGGUUGUCCAUGUGGUGGUACCCAUGUUCAUAAUCUAUCAGAGAUAAUUAGCAUGAAGGUCUCCCAAAUUCGCACGAAGAAAGGCGUGACAAAAGUCUCCUAUACCGUUGGGUGAUUGUGGUCCUAAUUAACUCUUAAUGUUUGUGUCAAAUGUAUGGUGGCUUGAUUUUAGAACAGACAUUCAAAAUCAUAUUGAGCCUAUAAUCAGGUAUGCCCCAUCAUUGGUCCCUUGGUGAGCAUUCUCUGAAUUUGGACUUAGGUAACUACGUGUGCAAGUAAUAGUUCGACAUUUUUUUAGUAUAUGGAAGUUCCAUUGUUACAUCUC